AUGAGGAGCCUGGGGAGCAGCCACAUCCUUGGGAUGUUACUUUGUGCUUUCUAUCUACCAUUGGUGGCUUCCCUUGGAAAAGUCACCAUCCCAGCAGAGCUGAAGUCAGCUGUCGCGACAGUUGUCGUCAACACCACAUCCUGCAGCGUCACCUGCGGGCUGGGCUUCAGGCUGGAGGAGAUGUGCGAGGUCACUCCGGCCGGAGAGCGGAGGAACUGCACCGUGCGCAGGUCCGACUGCCUCACCAGCUGGGUUUGUGGCCUGCUCCACGUCACCGUCCCUGUGGGCAAACCCUUCCAGUUCAGCUGCCUGACCUUGGACGUGGUGGGCUUCGGGAGCGGAGCGUAUGGCUACACGUGGAGGAUUGCCCGAGGCCUUAUCACCACAAAUGAUGUGCUCUUCAGACCUUUCAAAAACCCUGACCCUGUCGUCAGAUUUUCCACGACCAGGGAGUCUGAUGCAGGGACUUACCGAUGCGAUGUGCAAGUGUUGAAGACGUUCAGAGUCAUCAAGAGAGUCUACUUUGGGGUCAGAGUGAUCCAAAAUGACUUAGUGGACCUGAACUUUCAAAAAUCCUUGACUUGGGAACAGAAGUUAGCAGCAAAGAAGGAGGAAGGAAACGUAGAAAAUGGCACCCAUGAAGAAGGGCAAGAACAGCAGCCCUUUUGGCAAGGAGAAUUGUUCUAUGCAUGCGUGUUAGGAGUUGGAAGUGGAGUGACAGCAGGUGUCUUGGUGAGCAUGGCUCUCUACUUCUUGCUGAAGAUUUUGAGAAGAACUGCAGAGAAAUGA